AUGGCGAAAAAACGAGAGCGCGACACGCGAGAUCCGUCGCGGAAAUCUAAGAAACGCCAGCGAGUCGAGGUUACCGGAGCCGACGGAGAAAUCGUCGGGAUUGACCAGCUCGAUUGGAAAGAGGUCGCUUUGCCAGACAGGUUGGAGGAUGCAGAGGGAUUCUUCGGCCUGGAGGAAAUUGACGGCGUGGAUAUUGUGCGGCCAACAGGGAACGGAGAAGUCAAAUUUAAGGUUUCUAGAAAUAAAGUGAAAAAUACCGCCGCCAAAGAUAUAUCGUCGGAUACGAAGGAUGACGCUGACGAGUGGAGUGGGAUUUCCGAUGAUGAAGGGCCGAAUGACGAGGGGGUAGACGAUGUCAAGGAGAAACAGACCCAGGCUGAUAAGACUGAGAAGAGAAAGGAGAAGAAGAAGAAAAAGCAAGAGAAAGCGCAGAAUAAGAAGCCGGAGAAAUUGAAGGAAACCAAACUCCAGAAUAACAAAAAAGCCACGCCCAAAGAUGAACUACAAUCUGGGAUAUCCUUUGAAGCUUUGAAUGAAGAUGACGAAGAGGAGGUGGACGUGUCAGCCUGGGGCCCUCUGGAUAUAUCUGCUGAGAUUCAAACAAGCCUGUCGAAGCUCAAAUUCGCGAAGCCCACUCCGAUUCAGUCUGCAUGUAUACCCGCUAUCGCCGCCGGCCAUGAUGUCGUCGGUAAAGCGUCGACAGGUUCCGGUAAGACACUGGCAUUUGGUAUUCCCAUUCUGGAAUAUUACCUAGAGACUCGCCACGAUGAACCAUCACAACAGCAUAAAGAUCUAGAGUCCGUAGGGAAAGAUCCUAUUGCGCUGAUUUUAUCACCGACCAGAGAGCUCGCCCACCAACUAGCUAAACAUAUUACGGCAUUAUGCACCAAUGCCCCAAAUAUCAAUGCGAGAAUUGCUUUGUUGACUGGUGGCCUUUCCGUUCAAAAACAACAACGGCUUCUGGCUAAUGCGGAUAUCGUUGUCGGUACACCAGGCCGGCUCUGGGAUGUAAUCAGCACAGGACACGGUCUAUUGCGCAGGUUUCAAAAUAUCAAGUUUCUGGUUGUCGACGAAGCAGAUCGACUGCUCAGUGAAGGGCAUUUCAAGGAGGUUGAGGAGAUAGUGACUGCGCUUGAUCUCAAGGAGACGAAUGACGGAAUAGAAGAGCCUGCCUCCCAUUCAGAGAGCACGGAUGAUGCUUCCAAGGCUCCUAGGAGGCAGACGCUCGUUUUCUCGGCGACCUUUCAUAAGGGACUGCAACAGAAGCUGGCGGGAAAGAGCCGUUUCUUUGACGGAGAUCUGCUCGAUAACAAGCAGUCGAUGGAGUAUCUACUUAAAAAGCUCAACUUCAGCGAAGACAAACCGAAAUUUAUAGACGUGAAUCCUGUUGCUCAAAUGGCGGAGAACCUCAAGGAAGGUCUUGUGGAAUGUCCAGCUAUGGAGAAGGACUUAUAUCUCUACACUCUCAUGCUCUACCACCCGAAACACCGCACACUAGUUUUCACAAAUUCUAUCUCCGCCGUCCGCCGUCUGACCGCCUUCCUCCAAAACCUUAAUCUCCCCGCCCUCGCCCUCCACUCCUCCAUGGCCCAGAAGGCCCGUCUCCGCUCCGUCGAACGCUUCUCCUCUCCAACUGCGGAUCCAUCUUCUAUCCUUGUCGCAACCGACGUCGCCGCACGCGGCCUCGACAUCAAGGGGAUCGACCUUAUCAUUCAUUACCAUGUCCCCCGCACUGCAGAUACAUACGUGCACCGAUCCGGCCGCACAGCCCGCGCCUCCGCCUCGGGUAAAUCCAUCCUGCUCUGCGCACCCGAGGAAAUCGUCGGCGUGGCGCGCUUAGCGGCAAAAGUCCACACAUCUGCCACGUCUUCGUCUUCGUCGAAGCGGCUCCCGCUGCACUCUGUCGAUUUGGACCGGCGCGUCAUAGCCCGCGUGCGUCCCCGCGUCACCCUCUCGAAGAAAAUAACAGACCAUGCGCUUGCGAAGGAGAAGCUGUCGUCUGAAGAUGACUGGCUACGGUCCGCGGCGGAGGAUUUGGGGGUUGAUUAUGAUAGUGAGGAAUUUGCGGAGCAGGCUAAGGGGAAGGGGAGGGGAAGGGGGAGAGGCGGCGGGAGGGAGGCCAGGGAAAAGGCAGUGGGAAGUAUGACGAAGGGAGAGGUCGCGGGGCUCAAGGCUCAGCUGAGGGAAUUGUUGGGGAAGAGAAUUAAUAUGGGUGUUAGCGAGACGUAUUUGACAGCAGGUAGAGUAGAUAUUGAGGCGUUGUUGGCUGGAGGGGGAAACAAGGCGUUUCUGGGACAUGUGGGGGAGUUGGAUUUCUAG